AUGGCGACCAUGGCUUCUACUUUGGCCCCAAAAACCACUUUUCUGGAUGCCAACAAAUCCUCCUUCAAUGGAAUACCAAUUUCUUCCCCAAUCAGGGUGCAACCCAUCAAAUCCACUUCACAGAACCUUUCAAUUUCGGCCUCCUCGCCGCCUUAUGAUCUGAAAUCCUUUGAAUUUCAGCCGAUUAAAGAGUCGAUUGUUUCAAGGGAAAUGACUCGCAGGUAUAUGAUGGACAUGAUCACCUAUGCCGACACUGAUGUCGUGAUUGUUGGAGCUGGCUCUGCUGGACUCUCAUGUGCCUACGAGCUCAGCAAGAACCCAUCCGUACAGGUGGCUAUAAUUGAGCAAUCUGUGAGUCCUGGUGGCGGCGCGUGGCUCGGAGGCCAGCUCUUUUCUGCUAUGGUGGUCCGUAAGCCUGCACAUCAUUUCCUUGAUGAGCUGGAGAUUGAGUAUGAUGAACAAGACGACUACGUGGUCAUCAAGCAUGCUGCCCUUUUUACUUCCACAAUCAUGAGCAAGCUCUUGGCUAGGCCAAAUGUCAAACUUUUCAAUGCUGUUGCUGCAGAGGAUUUGAUUGUGAAGGGAGGUCGUGUUAGUGGCGUUGUAACGAACUGGGCUUUGGUGUCCAUGAACCAUGACACACAGUCGUGUAUGGACCCGAAUGUGAUGGAGGCUAAAGUGGUGGUGAGCUCGUGUGGACACGAUGGUCCAUUUGGCGCCACCGGGGUUAAGAGGCUCAAGAGCAUUGGCAUGAUAGACAAUGUUCCGGGAAUGAAGGCAUUGGACAUGAACACUGCUGAAGAUGCAAUUGUUAGGCUAACUCGAGAGAUCGUGCCCGGGAUGAUAGUUACCGGGAUGGAGGUUGCAGAGAUUGAUGGGGCACCGAGAAUGGGUCCUACCUUUGGAGCCAUGAUGAUAUCGGGUCAGAAGGCGGCUCACCUUGCUUUAAGAUCCUUGGGGCUGCCUAACGAGUUGGACGGGUCGACUGUGGGAAAUGUCCAACCUGAGCUGAUCUUGGCUGCUGCUGCUGAUGGAACUGAGAUUGUGGAAGCUUGA